CAUGAAGCUCUAACCUCUAACCACCAUCCCUACCCAGCUAUCUAGCGCAUCUCUCGCCCACCUCCCACUCCCGUACUCGCACCCCAACCCAACAAGCACCCCCCAGCGCCCCCCAGCACCCCCCAGCAACCUCCCACGACGCGCCGCCCACCCGCCCGCCCUUUAACGAUGUCAUUCGACGCCCCGCUCCCGCCAUUCAGCGCGUCCGACCCGAACGCGACAUUCCUCAACAGCUCCGCGCUCGACCUACUGCUGAUCGAGAUCGUGCCUUUGGCACGACGGCUCGCGCUCCACUCUACGAGCGCCGGGGGGGAGGGGGGCGACGGCGAGGGGGGCGAUGGCGAGGCCACCGCCGACGAGGAGGAGCAGCGCGAGGCUAUGUUCUACCGGCUUGAGCAGCUGGGGUUCAAGGUUGGGCAGGGGCUCGUGGAGAGGUUCUCGAGGGACCGCGCAAGAAUGGUCGAGACGCUCGAUGUAAUAAAGUUCAUCUGCAAGGACCUGUGGAUGAUUGUGUUCCGGAAGCAGAUCGAUAAUCUCAAGACGAACCAUAGGGGGGUCUACGUUUUGACGGAUAAUGCGUUCCGGCCGUUUUCCCGGAUGAGUACCGAAGCGGGCGGGAAUGCCGUGUUGAAAGCACAACCUUUUCUAUGGUUUCCCUGCGGCAUCGUCAGAGGCGCGCUGGCAAACAUGGGAGUCAAUGCAAGCGUGCAAGCCGAAACGACAGAGCUACCGACAGCAACCUUCAAGAUCGAGACCAUCUCCGGGAGAUCGGCGGUAUAGACGGAGGCGGGACGAGAGGGGGAACUCAGCUACAGCUAUACUCUGCCUACUACUGCUGCUGCUGCGAACCACAAAUUUGUCACUGUCACACUUCACGGUUUUGUUUGUUUUCUUCAUCUUGAUAUUGCAUGGAACUGGCGAC